AAUGCGUUACCUAAAGUUGAGUACACUCAUCGUGUGCCUGUCUCUUGCCGGGCACUGGCACAUCGCAGGCUACAAGAGCGAGAUCGAGGUCACGCCAGACCCGCUGGAUGUGAUUGAGGCUACGACAAAGAAGUCCAGCUGGUUCGGCGGCUUCAAAAAGUUCUUUGGCAGUAGCGGCGAUCCAACCAGCACGGAGGCCACUACUACCUCGAAAUCGACCUCGACAUUGACAUCGCAAUCGACAACCACAGCUAGGCCGAGUUCCGCAGCAGGAACUCCCUCCCAGGCCGCCCAGAAGCCUCCACCACUGGUAAUCUCCCAUGCUCCUUUAAUGCCGUUGGGUCCACGGCCCGAUACGCCCAGCUCCUCCCCUUUUGGAGCUGCUGGCAGUCCCCAGUGGCCAACUGACGGAGUGGGCGUCAGUCAUUUCACUACCAGCACGAAGUCGCCACACCAGCCGCCCCCUCACCGGCCACAGGAAGCUGGCGGAGCACCCAAUUUGCCACCAGGAUUCGCCCCCUACCACCCCCAAAAGCCCGAACCGAACAGCUUCGAGUUAAGCUACGGCGGUGGCGGUGCGGGACGUCCGGCAGUGGAUCCGCUGGACAACAGCAGGGGCACAACUACCCAGCGACCCAAGACGCCCAAUGUUCAGCCUGGAUCAAUUGAUGUCCGAUUCGGAACAUCAACAACAACCGCAAAGCCGCAGCCGCAUCCACCGAAGGAGGAAUUCCCGGCUCUGCCUGCUCCCCGUCGCCCAUCCCUAAAAGGUGCACCUUCCUCUCCCACUGCUCUUCCCACUCCCACUCCGUCUCCAACUCCUUCUGCCUCCUCUGCCUGGGCAUCGCCUCUGCCCACGCCCGUGCACCCAGCAGCCCCCGUUCACCCGACUCAGCCCACAACCACUAUGAGGACUGCCAAUGGAGUGUCCUUUCUGCCGCACACGGGGGGGACGGGAGGACACAGCGGAGCUUCCACAACUGCAGUUCGGCCUGGCUUCCAGUCGUCUGGCAGUUCGGUGGCCAGCGACGAUGAGAUCCGCCAGCUGACGGAGCAGCUAUACACCAAGGAGAGCAACAGCCAUGUCAGCCUCGUGCAGGUAAACCUGAAGGGGCGAACGCGCUCCAUCGACAGCGCCGACGAGGCCCCCAAUCCACUCCUCCAGAUAGACCCAAAGGCCUUCGAGGCACCGACCAUUGCCAAGAUGAAGCUUCAGUUCAAUAACUAUGAGCAUGACACGCUGGUCAACGAGCACGUGACGGCCAACGAGCGGAAGGAGGAGAACGAGUUCCUGGAGUAACGAAAAGGGAAGGUGCUGAAGAUCCGCUUCACGCACCAGGGACAGAACAAGCCCGUGAACACGCGUAUUGAUUCGCAGCUAUUUACAUAUGUACAUAUGUACAUAUGUAUGUACACCCGUAAUUGUAUGCAUGUGUACAUUUGUAGAUGAAUGUCCCAUUCCUGCAGUACCAGAAAUCAGCGAUGACAAAUGUCAACUAGAGUAAGUUAGGAUUUUUAUGCCCGGUACUCGAAGAGUAAAUAG